ACCGAUACCUCCUAGCACUAUGUACCAUGCCUAUCUACGAUAUCGCGUUCUGUGUGAUCGGCACGACAACGAUAAGAUGAGAUAUUGCACUAUCGCUCGUUUAGAUGUCACCAGAUUACACGGCCGUGAUCCCGGCACAAAUAGACGCUGGCCGUCCAGCUAAGGGGGGUUGCCUAUCCCCACAUAGAUCGCGUUGCCCCUGGCGAUAUCGACUCGAAGGUUUGGGCGACGAUGAAAUUUGGGUCGACGUCUCGCACACGCUGCCCGCUCCGUGCUACGGGAUCAGCGCGGACGAUGAUGUCGUCGGAGAGUACGAUGAACAUGAAGUUGACGCCGACGACAAUCUUGCCAGGUCCUACGCAGAUGAUCAGGAGUACGAAGAUGACGACAGCUCCGACGCAGAACACACGUACUCCGACCACGAAGACAUUGUAUACGAUGCAGAAGAUGGGGCAUACGUGGAGGAGGGUGCGGAGUAUGACGACGAGGACCCGGCGGAGGAUUACCUGGACGGUGCGGACGACGACAAAGAAGACGUGGUGGAAGGAGACGGCGAGAAAGACAUGGCCUUUGACGAAGACUUUGUGCUACAACUCGAAGACGAUGCCGAUUCAAUCACCGUUCGUGACGGCGACGACGACGAGGUUGAGGUAUGCGAACCCUACGCCAGCGCCGUCGAUGAUAGCCGUGGCCCAAUGCUGGUUCGGCGACCCCGGGAAUAUGUACUAGAUUUUGACUCCUACAUGGACCACAGAGACAGGGUCCACUCGCCGAAGCGGAUCGAAAUAACACGCUCUCCGCCCAUCAAGCAUGCUGAUGAGCUGGACGAGUUUAUGCCUUUACAAGGCGACCUUCAAUUGUCCCGUUACGUUGACUCGUCGUAUACGCCGUGGGAUGGGGAGCUGUACUUGGACAUGGUCAUGGCGAAGGUCGACGACUUGCGCGACUUGUCCGGGUUCAUGCCGUAUGGGCCCGGUGGGUAGUAACGGCUCGGAGAGUGAUGAGGACGUCGAAAAUGGCACGUACGACGAUUCGGAUGCGGAUGCUGUCUAUGAAGGGUAUGAUAGUGAAGGCGUCAAAUAGAAUGAUGAUAGAGAACAUCCCAAUAAAUAUAAAUCCUGGAAAAGAGUGCAUUACUGCGCAGAUCAGAUGGUCAGAUGGGUUUCAUAGGGUGAUACGACUGCGUACCUCGCAUUCACGAUACAUAUCCAACCAUCAAACUGCAUUUACUAGUACUCUACUCAAGGCCUGUCGGGGGUA